CUCCCAGAAAGAAGAGGGAUGGAAAAACAGGGGUGUAGAUACCGAAAACUGGUGCUAGUUCCAUGUCCAUUCCAAGGACACAUAAAUCCGAUGCUUCAGCUAGGCACCAUCCUUCACUCCAGAGGUUUCUCCAUCACAGUUGCUCAUGCCCAAUUCAAUUCUCCUCAAACUUCCAAUCAUCCUGAUUUUGUCUUCCUAUCAUUGCCGGAUAGCACAUCAUCCAAACCUGUAAUGCCUCUUGAUUUUUUAGCCUUCAUGUCAAAUCUUAACUUAAACUGCAGGGCUCCAUUUCAGGAAUUUUUGAGUCAGAUGAUAGAGAAACAGGACCAGCAUGACCAACUCCCCUGCAUCAUUUACGAUGGGUUCAUGUCCUUUGCUCAAGCAGUGGCUUGCCAUCUGAAGCUGCCAAAUAUCAUCUUACAAACUGGUAGUGUUGCCAGUGUGCUGACGUACUUUGCAUAUCCUCGGCUCCAAGAGGAAGGUUACACUACUCCACAAGAUUCCAGUUCAACAGAGUUAGUGCCAGGGCUUCAUCCCCUCAGAUUCAAGGAUUUACCAGCAACCAAUUUCGAUAAUUUAGAUGGCAUUUGGCAAGUUAUAGCUAUACUGAGCAAUAUUGGGGCAUCGUCAGCCAUCAUUUGGAAUACCAUGGAUUGCCUUGAACAAUCAUUAUUAGCACAAUAUCAACAGCAAUGCCAAGUUCCAAACUUCUCAAUAGGUCCCAUGCACAAAAUUGCUUCAGCUUCCUCUAGUAGCUUACUGGAAGAGGACAGCAGCUGCAUCCCAUGGCUUAACAAGCAAAGACACAACUCAGUUAUAUACAUAAGUUUCGGAAGCAUAGCAUCCGUGGAUGCCAAAGAGCUAACAGAAAUGGCUUGGGGCCUAGCCAACAGCAAGCAACCUUUCCUGUGGGUGCUUAGGCCUGAUCCUGAUAAUGGAGCAGAACCUACUGAUAGGCUUCCUGAUGACUUUAAAGAGAUUGUUGGAGAAAGAGGCUGCAUUGUGAGAUGGGCUCCACAACAAGAAGUGUUGGCACAUAGUGCUCUGGGAGGGUUUUGGAGCCACUGUGGUUGGAAUUCAACACUUGAAAGCAUAAGUGAAGGGGUUCCAAUGAUUUGUAGACCAGCUUUUGGGGAUCAAAAAAUAAACACGAGGUACAUCAGUCAGGUAUGGAGAAAUGGAUUUGAAUUGGAGAAUGAUUCGGAAAGAGGAGUAAUAGAGAGAGCUAUAAAAAGGCUGAUGGUGGAAAAAGAUGGAGAUGAGAUGAGGCAGAGGGCUGCAGAACUCAAAGAAAAAACUGAAGUUAGCAUCAAGAAAGGUGGAUCUUCUUAUAAUUCCUUGAAUGAAUUAUUAGAGUUUAUAAUGUCAGUUUAA